GAGGGAGUUCCUGCGGGUGGCUGUCACCGCCCCGUUUCUCUCCCUAUGGUGCUCUCCUGAGGCCAGCUGCCUGCGGGCGUCGCCCCGGGAUGGAGCACAUCCGGACAACCAAGGUUGAACAAGUAAAAUUACUUGACCGGUUUAGUACCAACAACAAGUCACUGACAGGAACACUGUAUCUUACGGCCACACACCUAUUAUUUAUUGACGCUCAGCAAAAAGAAACCUGGAUACUACACCACCAUAUUGCCUCUGUGGAGAAACUUGCUCUGACCACUUCUGGAUGUCCACUCGUGAUUCAGUGCAAGAACUUCAGGAUUGUGCAUUUCAUUGUUCCCAGGGAAAGAGAUUGCCAUGAUAUUUAUAACUCUCUGCUACAACUCUCAAAACAAGCAAAAUAUGAAGAUCUCUAUGCAUUUUCUUAUAAUCCCAAGCAAAAUGAUACUGAACGACUGAAUGGUUGGCAGCUUAUUGACCUUGCUGCGGAGUAUGAGAGAAUGGGAGUGCCCAAUGCAAACUGGCAACUGUCCGAUGUCAACCGAGAGUACAAGGUCUGUGAGACUUAUCCCAGAGAGCUGUAUGUUCCCCGGUCAGCUAGCCGGCCAGUGAUCGUCGGCAGUUCCAACUUCCGGAGCAAGGGCAGACUUCCGGUCCUAUCCUACUGCCGGCAGGGCACUGAGGCUGUCAUUUGUCGAUGUAGUCAGCCAUUGUCAGGUUUCAGUGCCAGGUGCCUAGAGGAUGAGCACUUGCUUCAGGCCAUUAGUAAAGCCAACCCAGGGAACCGCUACAUGUACGUUGUGGAUACCAGGCCCAAGCUCAAUGCAAUGGCUAACAGAGCAGCUGGAAAAGGUUAUGAAAAUGAAGACAACUAUUCUAAUAUUAGAUUUCAAUUUGUUGGAAUAGAAAAUAUUCAUGUCAUGAGAUCCAGCCUUCAGAAAUUACUGGAAGUGAACGGCAGCAAGGGGCUUUCUGUCAACGAUUUCUACUCUGGUUUGGAGAGUUCAGGAUGGCUUCGCCAUAUCAAGGCUGUUUUGGAUGCUGCAAUCUUCUUAGCCAAAGCAAUAGUGGUUGAAAAUGCAAGUGUGCUGGUGCACUGUUCGGAUGGGUGGGAUAGGACCUCCCAGGUGUGUUCCCUCGGUUCACUUUUGUUGGAUUCCUACUACAGGACAAUGAAAGGAUUCAUGGUUUUAAUAGAAAAAGAUUGGAUAUCAUUUGGGCAUAAAUUUUCAGAGAGGUGUGGCCAUUUGGAUGGUGACCCAAAGGAAGUCUCACCAGUGUUUACUCAGUUCUUGGAGUGUGUAUGGCAUCUGACUGAGCAGUUCCCACAAGCCUUUGAGUUCAACGAAGCGUUUCUUCUUCAGAUCCAUGAGCACAUUCAUUCAUGCCAAUUUGGGAACUUCCUUGGCAACUGUCAGAAGGAAAGAGAGGAACUCAGGCUAAAGGAGAAGACUUACUCCCUGUGGCCCUUUCUUUUGGAUGACAAAAAGAAGUACUUAAAUCCUCUCUACAGUUCCAAAUCUCAGAGAUUGACAGUCUUGGAGCCAAAUACAGCCUCUUUCAAUUUUAAAUUUUGGAGAAACAUGUACCACCAGUUUGAUCGGACGCUCCAUCCUCGGCAGUCUGUACUGAACAUAAUUAUGAAUAUGAGUGAACAAAACAAGCAGUUAGAGGAAGACAUUAAAGACCUAGAGGCUAAAAUUAAGCAAUGCAAAAAUGGCAUCCUAACAAAGGACUUGCUGCAUGCCAUUCACCCUGAAUCACCUACUCUGAAAACCUCGCUGUGUCUGAAAGAGCAGAGUCUGCUUCCGGUGAAGGACACACUCCGAGCUAUAGAGGGCAGCAGCCCAGCAGAUAAUCGGUACUGUGACUAUGCCGAGGAGUUUUCUAAGUCAGAGCCUACUGUGGUCAGCUUGGAGUACGGUGUGGCCAGAAUGACUUGUUAGCCUCCGUCAGUGUUUCCUGGAUGACUGUAGAGUAAGAAAUGUAUAGGUGUAAGGAUGGUCUGUACACAUGGGCAGGAGGGUUUGUUGAGUGACUUUGGGGCUUAGCAGUAGGUGAAUAGCUGAGAAAAGGGUCAUAGCAGCUCUUGAGAGGAAUAAGUCAGCUAAGUGCCAUUUGUAGCAAGAACAUUACUCAUUUCUGUAGAAGUGAGUGAUGUAGUGUGCACUUACUGGAAAUGAUUUACACAGUACUGGUGAGCUGACAGUCUGUUGAUUCAGAUGUUAAUAUAGCCAAGCUCAAUAGCUUUCCUUAAGUGUAAUUUAACUCUGAGAAUACAGACUGACAGCCUGAACUCUCAGUGACUGACAUGGCAUGUGCUUUCAGUUCUGGAGCUGUGUGACUGCGUAUUUUGCCAUUUAGUGAUGUUUUAACAUUGAAGUGCCAUGAAAAGUAACUUCUGAGACAGCCUUAAAGUAGACUCUCAGUUUAUUCUGUAGGCUUUAUAGCCGAGGACAGGAUGUUUGAUCUCUCCUCUAAUCAGCCUUAUUUCAUAGGAAGAACUGCACUCUCAUUACUUGGGAGCCGCACACUGCAGUGCUCCUACAUGGAAAGUCAUAGCUGUACUCUGCUACUUCGUAAUUAGCCAGCUCCACCCAUAUUUAAAAUUAGUGCUACCGAAGGCUUUGUUCUUGUUGUCAUUUGUUUCAGCUGCAGCUGACAGUUCAUUAUUCACAGCUUAGAGGACUCAUUUCUUAGGCUAGUGUAAGUACACUUGGCAUUUACUUUCGGCUUACUACAGUCUAUUAAUUCUUACUCUGUGGUUGGCUUUAAUCCUUUGAUAACUGUACGUUUAAAGUGGCAAAGCUCUAAAGUGUUCUGAGUACUAAAUACAUUUGUAACUUGAAUGUAGCAGCCUACAAACUUUCAGGUAAAGGAAAGAGGGACGUGCCGAUAGUGGAGAUUUUGCUUGGUUACGAAUUUUAAAGCAAUCAUUUUUAUGUGGAGCAUAUUUCUUUUCUCUUAGUAUAGAAGUGGCAGAAAAGGGAGCACUGAGGGAGCCAGUUAAUGUCUAACAAAAGCAGCUUUGAUGCUAGAAAAGGGUUUGUUUUGCUUUGUUAGGCUCAUUGUUAUUCUGUGCACUGGGACAUACAUAUUUUUUUUCUAAAAAAUCACUUGCAACUGGCAGUAUUACCAACUGGCUCUCAAACAAAGUUUAAUACCAUUGAUGAUGUGAGGUACAGUUCUGGGCACUACGAAAUUUGUGUAUGUUAUCUUAUAUAUCUCCUGAUUACACCUAUAUCUGUAAUAUUUCUUAUAUUAGUUUUGAACAUAUGUGUCUUUUUUGGAAAAAAAAAAAGGAAAGCUUUAUUGUAUGCGAUUUUAUCUAGUCCUUAUUUUUCCAAUUCACCUCUGUAAGACCUUAUGUAAUAAAAACACUGCAUUUUAAAAGUAACAAAAAUAUACUAAAAAAUACAAUGUAUAAUGAACAGUGUUUAAACGUUGAGAAAGGAAACUUAAUCUCUGUGGCCACAACAGGUUUUUGUGCCUUGGUUCCAGUCAGGUUAUGGUUUUAGACUUCUGUGGCAGACUUCCUAGUCAUCUUUUGGUUCAUUAUGCUGAUCUUCAACUUCACAUGUAUAUAUGUGUUUACAUGCUCACACACAGAUAACAUCCUGAGUGAUGUACAGGGCAUAUGUUGGCAAAAGUCUGUGAAAAUGUCUCAUAAAAUUAGAUUUAUGUUCAUUGUGUUUUGGGAUGUAUAGCAUGUAAAUUAUUUCAUGUAUUAUUUAAAGGCAAUUAAAUGUUCAUGUUUUACUUUGAA